AUGUCGAAAUGGAGAUCAGUAACAAGUGGUGUCCCUCAGGGGUCUGUGUUGGGACUGAUGCUGGUCAAUAUCUUUGUUAAUGACAUAGACAGAGGGAUUGACUACGCCCUCAGCAAGUCUGCAGAUGACACCAAGCUGAGCGAUGCAGCUGAUGUGCUUGAGGGAAGGGCUGAUGCAGCCCAGCAGUUUCAGUAUGCAGUGAGAGUUAUUGGAAGCAACUUUGCUCCCACCGUUGAACGGGAUGAAUUUCUUGUAGCAGAGAAAAUCAAGAAAGAACUUGUACGACAAAGAAGGGAAGCAGAUGCUGCUUUGUUUUCAGAACUCUACAGAAAACUCAGUUCACAGGGCAUUUUGAAAAACAAAUGGUCAAUACUCUACCUCCUGCUUAGCCUUAGUGAGGAUCCACGUAAGCAGUCUAACAAGGUAUCAAGUUAUGCCACACUUUUUGCUCAAGCAUUGCCACGGGAUGCUCACUCAACCCCUUAUUACUAUGCCAGGCCUCAAAGCCUUCCGUUGAAUUACCAAGACCGCAGUGCUCAGUCUGCCCAGAGUUCUGGCAGCAUGGGAAGCAGUGGGAUCAGCAGCAUCAGCCUGUAUGCCCUGAAUGGGCCAACGCCAACUCCGCAAUCACUCCUUCCAGGGUAAAUUAAACUGAUUUACCUUACAAAUAGUUUGGGGGAAUACU